UCGAUACACCAACAUUGACAGCAUCGUGCCGACCCAUCGUCGCCGGUCCAUCGCCGCUCCACACCCUCCUAUUGGCGCACCUCUAUUCUCCACUCGAAGUUAAACUCAAAGUCAAACAGAUCAUAUGGAUAAGUCUUUGAUGAAUAUAGUUCAUAGGACAAAGGACCCAAGAUAUGAGUUGGGUGUAAAUGAAUUCCUUAAUUUUGCAUACCGCGAUAGAGUAGUUGUCAAAAGUUCCAUGCCCUUGCAAAAAAUGCAAUAAUUUUCGACAUCAUAACCGAACAACUAUAUACUCACAUUUGAUGCAAAUUCGAAUUGUUGUUAGUUAUGUUAGGUGGAUAUAUCAUGGUGAGUCAUAUGAUACAUCGGAUGAUGAUAUAUCAAUUGAUGAAGUUGAUGGGGCUAAUGAUGACUUAAAUAAUGAUGACCUUGAUGAGAUGUUAAAUAACAUAGGUCAAAGUAAAUGGGGUGAUAAUUGGCAAGCUAGUGGUGAUUCCUCAUGUACCUUAGACAAGGAUUUAGAAGCCCUCCGAGGAUUGAUGGAUGAAUCGCACCGGGAACUUUAUGAAGGAUGUCAAAGUUACUCACAAUUUUCAUUUAUUGUUACAGUUUUACAUCUAAAGACGACAAGUGGUUGGUCCAUCAAAUCAUUUGAUGCUUUGCUUGAUAUAUUUAGAAAAGCCUUGCCAACUCCAUCAUUAGUCCCAAAGAAUUUUUAUGAAGCAAAAAAAUACAUACGUGAUUUGGGUUUUCAAGGAGAAAAAAUCCACGCAUGUGUUAAUGACUGUGUUCUUUAUCGGAAAGAGUAUGUGUCUCAUACCCACUGCCCAAGUGACGGCUGCAAAGAGCCUCGAUUUAGCGGAAAUGAUUUGAAAGUACCACGAAAGGUGCUUCGAUACUUUCCUCUCAAACCUAGACUUCAAAGAUUGUUUAUUGACAAACAAGUCGCUUGUGACAUGAGGUGGCAUAAGGAAAAACGAGUCGAUGAUGAUAAUAUAGUUAGACAUCCUGCGGAUACUGAAGCUUGGAAACAUCUUGAUAAAGAGUUUCCUUCAUUCUCUAUUGAUCCACGUAAUAUACGAUUAGGGUUGGCAACAGAUGGAUUCAAUCCAUUUGGUAACAGUUCGCAUAGCAUAUGGCCUGUCUUUGUUGUACCGUAGAAUUUGCCACCAUGGAAGUGUAUGAAAGACCCAUGUAUAUUCAUGCCGAUGUUGAUUCCAGGUCCCUUAUCACCUGGCAUUAAUAUUGAUGUCUACCUUCAACCUCUAAUUGACGAACUAAAUGAGUUAUUGGUUGGUGUAAAUGCUUACGAUGCACUUAGAAACAAAACUUUUACAUUACGAGCAGCCCUUUUGUGGACAAUAAAUGAUUUUCCAGCAUAUGGUAUGCUCUCUGGUUGGAGUGUUAAGGGUUACAAUGCUUGUCCUACAUGUAUGGAUGAAACAUCAUCUCGUUACUUGACUCAUAGUAAAAAAAUGUGCUAUAUGGGUCAUCGAAGAUUUUUGUAGCCUCAAACAUAUGGCGUAGAGAUAAAAAGAACUUUGAUGGGACGGUAGAUAUGCGGGAACCAUUGACACCAAAGUCUGGAAAUGAAAUUUUGGCUGACGUUGAUAUGUUUUCUAACUCAAGAAAAUGUAAGUCUAGAGAGGACAUACAAGGAUGGAAAAAGAAAAGUGUGUUCUUUAAGCUUCCAUACUGGGCUAAACUAAAAUUGAGACACAACACUGAUAUCAUGCAUGUUGUUAAGAAUGUGACAGAAAGCUUGACGGCCACAUUGUUCAAUAUCAAGAAUAAAAUCAAAGGACGCAUGGAAAUCUCGCAAGGAUUUGAUGGAUGAAGGUUUAAAGAAGAGCUUACAUUUACAACCAGAUGAAAAUUCAUUUAUAAUGCCUAUGGCUUGCUACCAUUUGACAAAGGAAGAGAAACGAAAGAUAUUAGAUGUCUUGAAGUCACUUAAGUUCCCGGAUGGAUUUGCCUCGAGGGGGUGACUUCCAGUUGUCACACAUGAAAAGUCAUGACUUUUAUGUUUUCAUCCAAUGGUUGUUGCCUUUAUCAAUUAGGGGUUGUUUGAAAAAGGAAGUUCGACUUGUGUUGUACGAACUCAGCGAGUUUUUCCAGAAAUUAUGCACACGAAGUAUAUACCUAGAUGUUUUAAAGGAACAAGAGGCAAAAAUUGUUCUCAUAUUAUGUAAGUUGGAGCGGAUAUUUCCUCCAUCAUUCUUUGACAUCAUGGUCCAUCUUCUGAUUCAUUUGCCAUAUGAAGCCAAGAUCGCAGGCCCACCUCAAUACCGUUGGAUGUUCCCUUUUGAGAGGAAAAUGGGUACUUUAAAAGGAUAUGUCAAGAACAAAGCUCGUCCAGAAGGAUGUAUUGCUGAGAGAUUCAUAGACAAAGAAUUCCUGAAUUUUUGUUCUAUGUAUUUGAAUGAUGUUGACACGCUUUUCAAUAAGGUUGAGCGCAACAAUGAAAUGAUGGAUAGCGAUGGUGAAAUUUCUGUUUUUUCAUGCAAAGGGCGCCCAUUAGGUAGUCCAAAAGCACAGGAUUUGAGUGAAAAUGAAUUGGAGAAGAUUCAUACAGAUAUUCUAAACAAUUGUGAUGAAAUAAAGGAACUAAUAAAUUCACACAAACGCGAACAGGACAAGCUGUGCCGCCUACUGGCAACAUACUCAGUCAAAAUAGUGUUUGACUAG